AUGCUCUAUCAAACGUAUGGUGCCAUCACAGCAGCUCGUCCUGCUCAAGUUCAGCCUCAACAAGGCGGUAUUGUGGUGCAAGGUCAGGAGCCGCUCACCACUCAUAUGCUUGCGCAAGCAUUACCUCAGGAACAAAAGCAAAUGUUAGGUGAGCGAAUCUACCCGCUCAUCGAACGAAUCUAUCAAGGUCCAGAUGUGGGCAAGAUCACCGGUAUGAUGCUUGAAAUGGACAAUUCGGAGUUGUUGAUGAUGCUCGAGAAUCCAGAUCUGUUCAGAUCGAAAGUUUCUGAAGCUGCGUCGGUGUUGGCGUCUGCGAAGAGUGAGGCUCGUUGA